AGCACUCAAUUCCUUAAUCUAUUUCGCUUGAAUCACAAACUCCUUGGGGUAUCAUUCCCAUAGACUACUAGCUCUCGCGACUCAAUCAGAAACCCGCCACUCAGCAAUAAUAGCCCCCCUUUCUCUGCCAUGUGAAACUACAUGGGGUAAUUCUGCCCUCUAAUUCGCCAAAGUAGCGCUAGGAGCGCGGAGUGAGCGGAAACGCGAUCGGGAAAGGGAGCCACAGAGGUUCACGAUGGGCUUAUUAUUCCCACUCUAUACUAGCAGUGGCCUAUGCUUCGUCGGCUCCCCGGCUACAUGCAUCAAAUUUGCAGGUGACAUCCUUUCAAGGGGUCUUAUGUCCGCGUCGUACGGUUUGUUGCCGACUUUGGAUUUAUCCUUGGUGGAAGAGCGUGCCGAUUGGGAGUUUUAAAGUUUCAACGUUUCACUAAAUCGUCACUGCUAACCCAAAGG